AUGGCGACAGAUGAUUACACGUUCAUCUUCGAGCUCUUCGAAGGUAAUAUUGACGCGCUCCCAGGAGGAAAUUUGGCCAUCCAUCCGUGGCUAAUGGAGACAUGGAGUCUUCCUCGGACAACAGCCGUCAACCCCACAAAUGCGUUCACUACAGUAGCGGCGGAAGCGGGUGCUACGCUGGUUCGAGCGCAUCGGACCACACGCGAGAAUGCAGACAUUUGCGGGCAUUGGAAGGGGAGAGACAGAGGUGCGUUUAAAAAGAGCUCACGGAUUUCUGUUUCGCCUCAGCACAAUUUUAGAGAAUUCAGAAGAUCUGUGAGCACCGGCUUUCAAAGUGGGAAUAACUCUGCCAACGAACGCGGUGGAAGUGGUGGAUCACCCUCUGCAAGGACGCGGAGAGCCAGGUGUAGAACCCAAGUCCUUCAUUCAUCCUCAUCCCACCUAAUGACACGUCAAGUGGUUACCGUACUCAGACAGGUCGGACUGAGACCCCGCGUGGUAGCCGAGGGUCUACUGACGGUAACCUGGCCUACAGAGACGAAUCUGGACCGCUUGGAGAGGCAGGAGCCACUUUCAAUGGAAAUGCAUAUUUACAGGGAUCAAGGAAUGAAGUUUCGACGACUCUCUGGACCAGAGAGUCUUUUUCGAUGGAAACUGCAAAAAGUUCUUUCCCUUGUCUACGCCCAGUGUGGGUGGUGA